UGUGUGAUAAUCGAAGUGCAUGAAUAGUGAUAAGGAAAAGUGUGGAGAUUUUGUAAAGCCGGGCAGAAGUAAAACGAAACUAUAUAAUUCACAACAUAUUUGCUGAUAUUUUCUGCCCUCUUUCACAUCAAACAGUUAAGGUCAAGGUGAAUGUCUAUUUCGAUAUUAAAAUUUACCAAAUAAAGUGAAGUGAAAGUGUAAAAAAGGUGGUUAAAAUUACAUUAUUUACGCAGCUGUAAAGUUGUAUCCUGUCUAAAUUUUGCAAACAAACCCUAACAAAUAAAAAACACAAAAUGAGCUUACAAUCUAUUAAAUACGCUCCGGGAAAGUUGGAUAUUUUGGAUCAGCUGUUGCUGCCAGUACAAUCGAAGUACGUGGCCGUGAAAGGUGUCGAAGAUGGUUGGAAAGCCAUAAAUAAAAUGCAGGUGCGCGGUGCGCCUGCCAUUGCUAUUGUGGGCUGUCUAUCGUUGGCUGUGGAAAUAUUGCCCGAAGAGUUCGAUUCGAAAAAGUCGCUGCGUCAGGAGAUCGAAGGCAAACUGAAUUAUCUCGUCUCGGCGCGACCAACGGCUGUGAAUAUGAAAAUCGCCGCCGAUGAGCUGAUCGCUUUGGCCAACGAACUGACAAAAGAUGAAGCGAUUUCUGUGCAGCAAAUGAAGCAAAGAUUUUUGGCUGCCACUGAAGCGAUGCUGCAGAAAGACAUUGCCGAUAAUAAAGCGAUUGGUACAAAUGGCGCGGCUGCCAUACUGGAGGUAUGCGGCAAAGAUUCUGCUGUGCGUGUGCUAACACAUUGCAAUACUGGCUCCUUGGCGACAGCUGGUUAUGGCACGGCAUUGGGCGUGGUGCGGAAGUUGCACGAACUUAAGAAAUUGGAGCACGUCUACUGCACGGAGACACGUCCAUACAAUCAAGGCGCGCGCCUAACCGCCUACGAGCUGGUGCACGAUAAACUUCCUGCCACACUAGUCUUGGACAGCAUGGUGGCGGCGUUGAUGCGUGCCAAAAAUAUUGCGGCUGUCGUUGUUGGCGCUGAUCGGGUGGCUGCCAAUGGUGAUACGGCCAACAAAAUUGGUACCUAUCAAAUUGCUGUUGUGGCCAAGCAUCACGGUGUGCCUUUCUUCGUUGCUGCGCCGCUGACAUCGAUUGAUUUGCAAAUUCCAAGUGGCGAUCACAUUAUCAUUGAGAAGCGGCCCGAUCGCGAGAUGACUCAUGUGGGCGAGCACAGAAUAGCGGCACCAGGCAUCAACUGUUGGAAUCCAGCCUUCGAUGUCACCCCAGCUGCGCUUAUUUCGGGCAUUAUAACGGAACAGGGCGUUUUCAGUCCACAGAAGCUGAAGGAUGAGAUUAGCGCCUUAGACAAUCUGUGAAUUUAUGUUAAAAAACAAAAUUAAAUGAAAUUAAUAUGGCCUUUGUUGAGUGAAGGUGCCUGCUUGUUAAGCUUCCGUAAUAUGCGUACAUAAUUUUUUUUAUUCUUGAUUCUUUCUUAUUAUAACCAUUUUGUAAAUGCUUGGCGAUUGUCAAUGAAUUUCUUAGCUUUAAGUGUGAUAUUUGUGAUGUACAAACACAAAGACCGGCUAAUUGUUGCUCCACAUCAAUAAAAGAACAAAAACAAAAACAAA